CAAAUUCGCUCAAUCUGCGCGUCGAUAUACGUCUGUUUGUGCAGAACAUGCCGCACUGGUAUAUGCAUACUAUAGAGACCAAUAAUAACCCAUCAAGAUUUAGCAACCAAUCGCAAACGAUUGAGCGGGUUUGCAGCUUGGUGAUUUGGAAAUAAAACCGAUUCGCACGCAUGAUGCCUAGAAGCCGCUGCCUGGAUUAGCCGGCGUUACAGUCUUAUACUGCGCCAUCAUCGCCAGGAUUCGUGUUUAGUGGAGCGCCGGUCAAUUGGGAUAAAGAACUGGUUGAAACAGUUUUCCGAAGACGACAUUAUUUUUUAUUAUUGAGCCAGGCUAGACUACGGCGUUGCAUUUAUUGACAUAAUCAAAUGGUUAGCCGGAAAGGCUCUGCCAGGGCAGACGCCCUGCCGGACCAGGUGGCUCUCUCACCAUGGGCCGCUAAUGCCAAUGGCGUAUCAGAUUCCAGCAGCAAUGACAAAUCCCCAGCACCGGUAUAUGACAACCAAACCACAUUACCAGUGGAUGAUAUCGGCGUGUCGGACCGGCCACAAUGGGGUAACAAAUGGGAGUUCAUACUGUCCCAUAUAGGAUGCUGCAUUGGCUUGGGAAAUGUGUGGCGGUUCCCUUAUGUCUGCUACAAAAACGGCGGAGGUGCCUUUUUCAUUCCUUAUUUAUUAUGCCUAAUAACAACUGGAGUUCCUGUAGUAUUUUUGGAAAUAGCCGUAGGACAGUACUUUGCUACUGGUGGAAUAUCUGUUUGGGACAUAUCGCCUAUAUUUAGAGGAGUUGGAUACGGUACGACGCUGAUGGCUGGCUGGUUAAACGUGUAUUACAUUGUGGUUUUGUCGUGGGGACUACUGUAUUUAUUUUACACCUUAUAUUAUAUCAGAUACGAUGUGCCUUGGAGUACCUGCGACAAUGCUUGGAAUACUCCAAACUGCUCCGUUAGCCUGUUGGAAAAAUCUAACGAAACGAAGUCCUUUCUGGAAAACGUGCACAAUGUCGCCGAUAAUGUUACACGGCCUUUUCUUAACAGACUUGAAUCGGCACAACAAACUCCUGCCAAUCAAAGCAAAGUCGAUCCGACUACCGAAUUCUGGGAGAGACAGAUCUUGAAGAUUUCUACUGGGAUUGAUGAUGUUGGUGAAGUGCAGUGGCAGCUGGCAGUGACACUACUGAUUAUGUGGAUUAUUUGCUACUUUUGUGUGUGGAAAGGCGUUAAAUCAUCCGGAAAAGUGGUUUACUUCACGGCGCUAUUCCCCUAUGUCAUGCUCAUUAUCCUAUUUUUUCGGGGAGUUACUCUACCGCACGCUAUCGAUGGGAUUAUAUACUACCUGAAGCCGGAAAUAUCCAAACUCGGUGAAGCGAAUGUUUGGGUGGGUGCUGUCACGCAGGUGUUCUUUUCCUACGCCAUUGCACUGGGAUCGUUAACAGCACUGGGAAGCUACAACAAAUUCGACUACAACUGCUACAAACAUUCGUUAGCAUUAUGCGCGUGUGAUAGUUUGACCAGCAUUUUCGCCGGCUUUGUCGUGUUUUCCGUGUUGGGAUUCAUGGCCCACGAAAUGGGAGUAGAGGUGAAAGAUGUCGCCGAAUCUGGUCCCGGCUUAGCAUUUAUUGCAUAUCCCAAAGCUGCCGCACAGAUGCCAGUUGGUGCACUGUGGGCUAUCCUGUUUUUCCUGAUGUUGUUGUUCCUCGGAAUGGACAGUCAAUUCGUCACAAUGGAAGGCUUCUUCACGGCGGUUAUGGAUGCCUAUCCAAAGUGGUUUCGCAAAAAGUACUCUAAGGAAGGUUUUAUCGCUGUGUGCUGCGUGAUUUGGUUUUUCCUUGGAUUUUUCCUAAUCACAAGGGGCGGAAUGUACGUUUUUGAACUGAUGGACACUUUCGCUGCCAGUGGAGUGGCGCUGCUAUGGUUCGCCUUUUGGGAAUGCACCUGCGUAGGGUGGUUCUAUGGCGCAGAUCGCUUUUACGAAGAUAUUUCACGGAUGCUGGGAUACUCAAUUAAUCCCUGGAUGAAGUUUUGUUGGAAAUAUGCUGGACCGUUUUUCACAUCUUUUAUCAUGAUUUUCGCGAUCGUGAUGAAUGAGCCACUGCGCUACAAUCGCGUCUACCUGUAUCCUGACUGGGCGCAGGCCCUUUGCUGGGUGCUGGCCGGUUCAUCCAUGGUGGCGGUGCCCAUAUAUGCAAUCUACAGGUUGUCAAGAGAAACGGGCACACUGCGAGAGCGAUUUCAAAAAUCCAUAAAAUCUGUCAUCAAAUUACGACCAGAAGCAGUUCGAAUGAUACGGAAAGACCCGCUUUUACCACAAGGAAUCAACGGAAGAAGCAGCUGAAUGGCACACAGAAUUUUUGUGUAAAUAUGGCCAAAUAAAAAUGUAACGCAUUGCUAGAUGAUUGGUUGUAAUAAAGUUUUUACGAUGUUUGAUUGUUCAGAAAUACUUUAUACUUGCUACACCCGGUCUACUAUCGUUUCUGUUUGCUAGCAACCUUAAAAUUAUUAAUGUUCCUCAAAAUAACACCAGACGUGUUGUACCGUUGUAAGUGGCAUAUUUCCUUAAAUUUUAUCGCUGGUCGCGCAUAUUUGAUUUUGUUAUG